AUACUUUAUUCAUUCUAUGCCAGUAGGUGCAGUGUUCACUGCUUGGGUUCGUCAACUGACUUCUCAACAAAACUGGAACAACACAUCGCAUUUCGAAUAACAGAGAAAAAGAAACAAAUUACAACACUCUGUGCUUUAUAAAUUUUCCGGGGGAAAAGAAAUUUGUCACCGAAAAACUGAAAUAAAUCCUCCUGCGUCACAAACGCGGGCUAAAAAUCAGCUUAGUUGCUCAGAGGGAUAUUCAGUUCAGAAAAUUUGCGUCUCAUUUCUUUCAUUCUUUUUUUCUGAAAACCAAAAUGAAAACCAAAUUUAUCAACGGGGUUUCUUCUUCCCCCUCCAUGUCUCUGGGUCUUUUGGUGACCGAAAACGCCCUGCAAGUCCAGCCUAAUACCGAGGAGGAUUGUAAAGAGCUGGCCCGCCCUGACCAGCCAGACCUGGACACCCAGCACAAGGCUUAUCUGUGGUGCAGAGAGUUUCUGCAUGGUGCCUGGAAAAGCCUGUCUGAGGAGGAUUUUCAUAUCACCGUUAUAAGGGGUGGUCUGAGCAACAAGCUCUUCCUGUGCAGCCUCCCUGACAGCCUGGACCCUGUUGGGGAUGAGCCAAGGAGCAUCCUGCUGCGCCUCUAUGGGGCCAUCCUGCAGAUGUCCUGUAAUAAAGGGGAUUCCCGACAGUCAAACAAAGAAAAUCACUUCCAAGGGGCGGAGGCCAUGGUGUUGGAGAGUGUGAUGUUUGCCAUCCUGGCGGAGAGGGACCUGGGUCCUAAACUCUAUGGUAUUUUCCCUCAAGGCCGACUGGAGCAGUACGUCCCUAGCCGUAAACUGGACACCUGUGAAUUAAGUGACCCCAACAUCUCAGCGGAGGUGGCAGAGAAGAUGGCCAAGUUUCACGGAAUGAGGAUGCCCUUCAACAAGGAACCCAAGUGGCUGUUUGGAACCAUGGACAAGUACUUGAACCAAGUCAUGAGGCUGAACUUUGCCAGAGAGUCCCAUCUGCGUCGCUUCAACCGCCUGCUCAGCUACAACCUUCCACAGGAGAUGGAUAUGCUCAAGUCUCUGCUGGAGUCCACCCACUCUCCUGUAGUCUUCUGCCAUAAUGACUGUCAAGAAGGAAACAUUCUGUUGUUGAAGGGUCGCCAGAGCUCAGACAAACAGAAGCUGAUGCUCAUUGACUUUGAGUACAGCAGCUACAAUUAUAGGGGAUUUGAUAUUGGCAACCAUUUCUGUGAAUGGAUGUAUGACUACAAUUGUGAUGAGUUUCCAUUCUUCAAAGUUAAUGCACAGGCCUACCCUUCAAAGGUCCAGCAGCUUCACUUCAUUGAAAGUUACCUGCGGGAGUCUGAUCCUGGGUUUGACAACCUGAGUGUAGAGGACCAAAUGAAAAUGAAGGAGGAGCUGUACGUGGAGGUCAACAGGUUCUCCCUGGCUUCCCACUUCUUUUGGGGCUUGUGGUCAAUCAUCCAGGCUCGGCUCUCCACCAUCAAGUUUGGAUACCUGGAGUACGCCCUGGCCAGAUUUGAUGCCUACUUCCAGCAGAAGAAGAGUUGGGCCGUCUAGUGUAGCGAGAUGAUUGAGUGGAUUGAUUCAGCCAAAUGGCAGGAGUGGGACAUGAUGAAGACUCCACGCUUUACUUAUAUUCCCUGCCUCGAGAGGCUUUGCUGGCAUCUAUUAGUGUUAUGUUCACCAAAGCCAAAAUCUCGUCAUGUGGCUUAGUGCUUAAAAGUAAUCAAUCCAUUGCCAAGUCAGUCCAAGUUUAAACUGCGUUACUCCCUGAGAGCCAAAAAAACAGAAAGAGAAAAUAUCUACUUGUACUAACCUUCAUCACUGGUCAGAACUGCUCUCUGCUUCUACCUUAUUCCAACCAUAUCACUAACACGAGGGCUUUGUUUUGAGCAGGAGAAGGAUAGAUUUCAGUUACAGUUAGAUUGGAAAUGUUAACAUUGCAUCAAUGUUUAUGUAUUGAUCAUUCCCUUAUGGAAAUGCUCUGAAUGCUUGAAAAAAUGUGAACUUCUCCUGGCAGAUUCCUGCUUACAGAAGCAGACAGAUGCUAACUAUGUAUAUUAUAUAUAGAUCUGAAUGUGCCAGUGACCUGGCCCUGUUACUGAUGGGCAGACUUGCUGGCCAGUGAAAUCAUGCUUUGAUCAACAGGUCAGAUUGAUGUCUACACUUCUAGAUAUUACACAAUUGCUUUGUUUUUGACUGGUUGAAUUUGACAUUUUCUUUUGCCCAGGGUAAAUACAGUUAUGUUGUAUUUUCAAGUAUGUGAAUAGUUGAGCUUCCUUUUUAUGGACAGCUGGUUAGAUGCCACCAAAACAAAAUAAAAGACCUCAAACUUGAGGUAUUUCCAUUGAAGUUAGACUUAGACUAGACUAGUUUACUUGUGGCUUCCUAGCUAAUAAUACACUUACACUGGUCAGCUGUGAAUUUGCUCAAACUUUUACUAACAGAAGACUGGUGGGUUUAUAUUAUUAUGAUAAAUCACUGUGAGUAGAUCCACAUCUACACAGUUUGCAUGUUGGGUAUUAACAAUUGCAUUGCCUGAUUUAGUCAAAAAGACAUUCCAGCCAUCCUUUAUAAGCCUGGGGACUUGUCACUAAAUUCAAACACUAGGACGCCAACUGACCAUAUUUUUGCUAUUUACGUUUAUAGAUUUUCACUGUAUUGAAGAAUACAUCAUGCAGUACAUUAUUUCCACAUUGUGAUAAUGGAUUCUUUGGCGAUGUCACUGGUCGUUUAGGUGCAAGUGCCUACUACCAAGUUGGCUUAUCAUCGUAUCCAUAAUCCACAAUGAUGACAUUGUUGGUCACAUCAUACCGCGCAUCUGAAUUCUGCAUAGAUUACAUAUUGAAAUAAGUUGUAGCUGGGCAGCUAGAAAGUGAAUCUGUUAAAUUGGCAUUUAGUAAAAUAUGAUUUUACUGUAUGGAACAGAAGUGAACAAGACCACUAUGCUACUGAGAUCUGAGCCUUAGGUGUUAAUGGCCUUGUCAAGCCCAUACAUGCCCAUUUAUGCAUAUUGUCUACUAUAGCAUGUUCAAAGUAUGGUGGCCCUAUGGGUCCUCCUGAGGAAAGACAAUGUCAGAAAACACCACAUUUCACAAAACACAUUUCAAAACACACAUUUCAGAAAGCUUUUCACAAAAUACAACAGCAUUUGAGGAAACAUAACACUUCAGAAUAUGGAAAAGGUGGGACAAGACUGCUUUGUGAAACACAAAUGUUGUUUUGUGAAAUGUUACUCAGUGCAAGGAAUUCAGCACUGGAGCAGUGAUGCACUGUGCCCUGUGUGUUAGGCUUACCUCAUAGGUUCUCCCUUCAGGCUUUUUCCUAUGCAGUGGGUUAUUUGUUGAAAAGGAGUGAUAUUCAGAGGGAUGCUGUGACUAAUUUGUCCUUCUGUCUCCCAUCCAAACAUCCUGAGACCAGCUCAAUUCUACCUCACUCAAGUCAUUAAUUGCACCAGACACCAAAAACUGUGCUCUUGUACACUGAUGCACAUUCAGAUGAUGCUGCUAAGACAGCCAUUAUUCUGCCUUUAAAUUAGACCUUUUAGUUUGUUUUCUCUUCUGGGCAUCUCUUUCAGUUUGGUCAGAAAAAGCUCUUUGACGUAAUGAACAUAAUUUCUAAUUGAAACCAGUGCUCAUGAGCUAGGCAAUUAACAGGCACCGCUACUGUAAUGAUGAGCUGCGUCAUUACAGUAGCGGUGCCUGUUAAUUGCCUGCUAAUACUGACAACAUAGAUUUCCAUGCCUGAAACUCUCUAGAUAUACUUUUUUUCCCACAAUUUCACAAUUACCAGAUUGGCUGAUCUUUAGCCACGCCCAUCUGUUCAGAUAUUGCUAUGUCAGUCAAACACCAUAUAUAUUUACUACUCAGUAUUCUUUCUUUUCGAAACAGUAGGCAGAUUGCUUUAUAUAAUUUAGCGUUUCCAGCUAACUCAUUUUAAUUUAAAUAUGCACUUGAUGGCCACAUACAUGAUGAUGAUGAAAAAUUAUUAUCCUAAAAAAACUGAGGCUAAAGUUACAUGUCCUCAACAAAAAGUAUCUCAUUGUGCAGGUGCUGGAGUUGAAGUGUUAACUUCCCCAAAUCCAACAAAGAGCAGAAUGAGUCACUAAGAGCAAAAUAGCAUUAGCCUAUUAGCCACCUUCCAUACAGCAGGGGGACAUGAGCAAGGCUUUCUUCUCGGUGUAACCUCACAAAUUAAUGUGUCAGCUAUUAUGAUCUGAUCUUUUGCCUUGGAAGUAAGGCUCAGUUACCAGUGUAACUUAGGUACUAAACUAUUCAGCUGGGCAUGUAAAUAAUUUAUGUUUACAUUAGAGCAACCAAACACACACUAACACUAUCAAAUUAAGUAGCAAGGAUCGGUAGGUAGUAUUACUUGCUAUUGCUUGGAAACACCUUGAUUUGAUCCUUGUUUCCCACAAAAUGCAUCAGUUAGAGUUUCUGUGGAAAUGUACACGAAGAAAUGCAUCUUAAAACACACAUUGCACUGUACUGUACGACUGUGCUGCUGCAAAUAACAACUGUGCAAGCACCACCUAGGCUGACAUGCAUAUCCUUGUUUAUUCCUGUUAAGUUGUAGCGAGGAAGCCUCCAAAAUAAAUGCAACUCUUGUAACCUGUCACCUUAUGCUGGAACCAUCCAGAGGUGUUUGAAUGUCUACCGUGGCACUUUUGAUCUGAGGACCAAGUGAAAAACAUUACACAGUAUAUGUACUUGAGUAUUUUCAUUUUUUAACAGUUAGGGAUUGUUCAACUGUGAUUCUUUAAGUUUUUGAAUGGUUGUAUUUUACAUUCAAAUGUAUUUUAUUGUAUAUUUCAUUGUUUUAUUUCCUUUGGAAUGUGUUUAUUGUACAGUUUUAAAUUUAUUUUGAGAUACAGUGGAAGUAGGGAUGCAGCAGUAGAAUGUGCAGUGAAUUAUACUGGAUGAUUAUUCAUAUUUUAAAGGUGUUACUGGUACAUCUUUUGUGAGGCAAUAGUCCUUACUUUAUUACCUAUUUUUUUUCACCAACAUUCAACUUUCUUCUACCAAAUUUGUAUUAAUUUUGGUGUCUUUUAUUUUUGAAAUGUAUCCUCUGCCCUGUGCUGUCAUUAUAUACUAUUUCUAUGUUACCGUACUUUUGUUUGUCUUUUCCAUUUUUUUUUUAAUUGGACACUGAGAUCUGUUAACUAUAGCCCACUGCAUCGUUACAUCACCUUCACGAAUGCUUUGGACCAAAAAAAUUUAAAUCUUAAUUUAACUGGUUCUUCAAUUAAAACUGUAAUUGUAACACUCUCACUUCUGUUUACAUAAUAACGUAUAGAAUAUUCAGUAACAAAUAUAAGGAGGACAUGCUAAAAAUUAUCAAAAUAUAAAGAAUGACAAACAUGUACCUUUUCAUUCUCUCAAGAACACAGUCUUCUUUAUAGCUCUCUAAAACUACACCACCAUGUGACUCAUGAUAAUCUCUGCUAUCUAUGCAGCUAUACUGAAUGCAUAUGUACUCAAAAAGAUACUUUGUAAAGUUUUCGGUGAAUUGCUGCAGCAUAGAAAUGAUUUUGUUGUAAAUUUACUUUCUGCUUUGCACAAAUAAAAAUUAAAGAGAAAUUAAGUGACUGAUAA